AUGACCCUUCUAUUCCGUCCCCAUGGCCUGCUUGGGCUUAAACCUCCUAUGGUUUUUCAGGAGUUCGUCAAUCACGGCGGGGUCAUCUUCAAGGUCUAUGUCACAGGAAAUUACGUGCAAUGCAUGAGAAGGAAGUCCCUCCCAGGCAUACUCCCCGAAGAGCAUCACCCCUUCCCCUUCGUCAUUUUAUCUCGUGUAUCCAACACACCCUGGCAUAACCCUGAAGACAUCGAAUAUUACGAACAUCUAGAAGUGGCAGAGCUGCCUCCAUUGAGCUUUCUGGAGAAGAUAGCAAAGGGCUUGCAGAAGGCUAUGAGAUUGCACCUCUUCAACUUCGGCAUUAUUAGGGAUGCCAAUGCCUGCAACAUCUACUUCAUCAUUAACAUCGACUAG